ACUAUUCUCCUUUCAAGAUCUAAAAUCUUCUCUGCCUAGAGACAAUGUAAGUGUGAUAUAAGCUGUUCAAAAGCUGUGAAACAAAGCAACAAGACAGAAUGAGUCAGAUGUAGGACAUCCUCUUACGCCUCUGUCACCCACUCUGAGCUCAGUCGAUUGCAGCCACCACUGAAAGUCUGUACCCCCCCUCUCUCUGCAUCCCCACAGCGCUGUCCUGGUCAACCACAGCCAUGAGCUCUGAAGAAGACUAUCGCGCCUUUCUGGAAAUGUUUGAAGGCAAUAGCUCAACUGAUCCCAGCUAUGUGGUUAGUGAAACUGUCAAGUUAUGUCCAAAGAAGGCUGUCAACCAAUUUGGUGCAAAAUUCAUCCCAGUUUUCUACUGCGCCAUCUUCCUCCUGAGUUACCUUGGCAACGGGCUUGUUCUCUUCAUCAUCUACAAAUUUGAGAAGCUCGGCACAGUGACAAACAUCUUCCUUCUGAAUCUGGUCCUGUCAAACCUUCUCUUUGCCUCCAGUCUCCCCUUCUGGGCAACCUACCAUCUGUCUGAGUGGAUCUUUGGUGUGGUUCUGUGUAAGAUGGUGAGCAGUGCAUACUUCAUUGGCUUUUACAGCUCGAUCCUCUUUCUCACACUCAUGACAUUUGACCGGUACCUUGCAGUGGUGCAUGCAGUGGCGGCUGCCAAGAGCAGGAAGAGGGCAUAUGCAAUCACUGCGUCAGUGGUAGUUUGGUGCAUCAGUAUUGUAGCCAGUCUGAAGGAGCUGGUUUUCAAAAAUGUGUGGAAGAGUGUCUCCAACGGGCUGACGUGUGAGGAGUCGGGAUACUCUGAGAGCACCAUGGAGCGCUGGCGGCAGUUCACUAACUAUCAACAAUUCCUGCUCUUCUUCCUCCUCCCUCUGACCAUGGUGAUGUACUGCUACAUCAGCAUCACUGUCCGCAUUUUGUCUACCCGCAUGAAGGAGAAAUGCCGUGCCAUCAAGCUCAUCUUUGUCAUAAUCUUCACCUUCUUCGCCUGCUGGACACCCUACAACAUCGUCAUCCUCCUUCGAGCUCUCCAGGACACCAGCAAGGAGGAAGACUCGUGUUUUGACUCGGACAGCCUGGACUACGCACUGUAUGUGACCCGGAACAUAGCCUAUUUGUAUUGUUGCAUUAGUCCUGUAUUCUACACAUUUGUGGGAAAAAAGUUCCAGAGCCACUUCAGAAGGUUGAUGGCCAAAAAGAUUCCCUGUCUUAAGAGGCACAUGAGCGCCAGCAGCCAGAGCACCAGAAGCACCUCCCAGAGGACCCCACACUCUGCCUACGAGUACUAGACCCACACACACACACAGUUUCAGGAAUGCUCAACCACAGUAUUCUAUAUAGGUUUGAUUUUAUCUAUCUACAGUUUAAUCUGCUGGGUCUAAUACCAAGAAUUGGAACAAUCUUUAAGACAUUUAUCUGACAUUUUAAGGACCUCAAGUAUGAGACAAUGAAUUCAAUGAAAAGGCCAGAACCAGCAAUGUGUUUUUCAUUACUUUCUGGCUCUGUAUCGUAAAGCUGCCUCCCCAUCCCAACCACACAAACAUAAAAAAAACUUUAAAAAACUUAGAUAAGAGUUGAGGCUGAGCAAUGGAAACGUACAGACAUUUUUCAUUGUUAGAGCUUAUUUUUCUGGAGACUUUUAUUAAUGCUGAACAUGAUGGAAUGCUUCUGCUUUAGACCUGCUUUGGUGUGUUCCUUAUUCUGAGAUUUCCUGUUGGUUGAAUGUAAAAUGUUGAGUAUUUGACACCUUUUAUCAAGGCCCUUCAAGUCCCUCUGACUUGUGUUGUAAUAAAACUUUUUUUUCCUUAUUCUUUGCACUGGCAUUCUGUCGGAUGUUGUGACUCAUAAGAUCAUUUCCCUUUUCUAACGGAGGAUCUUGAGCAGUUUCCUGUUAUCUAACAACUUUUAUCUGUUGAUCAGUAAGGUGUUGAAAAUCGCAUUGGUAAGUGUAUGUGGAAAAUAUGUUUAAACGCUGUGAUUAAAAAAAGCUUUAUUAUG